GGCUGUGGAUGGUUUGGUGGCAGAUCGGGCCGGAGGCACCUCCGUGGGGCUCGGGUUGGCCCCUCCGCAGCGCUGACAGCGGGCGGCCCGGGCGUGGAAAAGAUCCGAGUUGCGCUCUGCACCCCUCUAGCUGGGCGAGGGAGGGUUUUGGUCCCCGAGAGUUUCCCAGGGGCUUACUAUGUGCCCUGCGCCGCAAUUGCGAGUUUUAACCUGCAUUGACUUCUUUAAUCCUGCCAUUAAGUUCAUGAGAUGUGCUAUUGUUACCCCAUGUUACAGAUAAGGAAAGAGAGGCACACCGAGAUGAAGUCCCUUCCUCGAAGUUACCGAGCUUGUCUCCAAGAAGGACAUGUUGGUGGAGAUCUUCCAAGGUUCACCUCCACAUCUGGGAGGUUCACAGUCUGAGUAAAGAAAAACUUGGAAUCCAGAUCGAGUCCCAACUCAAGAGACCUCAAGUUGUGUUGUGAGCAGAAAUAUCGAAGAGCUGAUAAACAGUUUGUGGCUACUGUCAUGCACAAGGGCUCCAGAUGAGUUCUCAAAAGAAUAGCAGAAAUCCCUGCAUGGGAACUGGACAUGAUCAUCCAGUUGGAUGGAGAACAACGAUAGAAACUGAUCUUCAGGGAGCUGAUGAGGGGAGUGACCAUCUAUACCUGUCUAUAUGUGGUUAGGAGAAUAAACCACUUGGAAGAAGGACUGAGCCACAGUUGACAGUGGGGGAGGGAGAUUUGAACUGAACCAAGGCAUCACAUGAAUCAGGCUACUCGUGAAGACCUAGGGCUUCCAGAACUAGCAAUGGAAAGUCUCAGAGGAAAUACUGCCCAGUCUCCUAUAAAUGAAGAAACUUAUACUGAUGAGGGCCAGUUAUCAAGGAGGACAAAAUUUCCUAUACAAAAGAAGAAAUCUUCUUUUGAGAAAACAGCAAUCAGAAAAGUAUCAGUGACGCUCAAGGAGAUUUUCACUGGCGAGAGAGGUCCUGAAUCCAGUGAACUUAAUCUAAGCUCAAAACUUAAUGUACUGCAGGAAAUUCCAAAGGGAGCUACAGCCCCCAAAUCUAGGAAAAACUCCAAAGAUAAUUCAGACUUCAUCAAACACCAAAAACUCUUUCCACAAAAGAAAACUUGUAAAUGCAAUGAAUGUGGGCAAGCCUUUAGCUACCAAUCAGAACUUAUUGUCCACAAUAGAAUUCAUGGUGGGGAAAAGCCUUUUGAAUGCAAUGAAUGUGGGAAAACUUUUAGCCGAAGUACACACCUUAUUGAACAUCAAAGAAUUCACACUGGAGAGAAACCUUAUGAAUGCAGUGAGUGUGGAAAAGCUUUUAGCCGGAGCACACACCUUAGUCUACAUCAGAGGAUUCACACUGGAGAAAAACCAUACGAAUGCAGUGAAUGUGGAAAAUCAUUUAGCCGAAGAACUAACCUUAGUCAACAUCAGCGAACUCACACUCAAGAGAAACCUUACAAAUGUAAUGAAUGUGGGAAAGCCUUCAACGACCGUUCUACCAUAAUUCAGCACCAACGAAUACACACAGGAGAGAAUCCCUACGGAUGCAGUGAAUGUGGCAAAGCCUUCAGUUGGAUCUCAUCUCUCAUUGAACAUCAGCGAACACACACAGGGGAGCACCCUUAUGAAUGCAGUGACUGUGGGAAAGUGUUCAGUCGAAGCUCAUCCCUGGUUGAACAUCAGAGAAUCCACACUGGAGAAAAGCCCCAUGAGUGUAGAGAGUGUGGGAAAGGCUUCAGUAGGAGCUCAUCCCUUGUUAUUCACCAGAGAACUCACACUGGGGAGAAGCCUUACAAAUGUAAUGACUGUGGAAAAGCCUUCAGUCAGAGUUCAACCCUCAUCAGACAUCAGAAACUUCACACUAAAGAGUGAGGUUUCAAUUUUUACUAAUAUUAGUAUAAGGGCACAACUGAAAAGAAAAAUAGGUACUUGUUUGUAUUUUCCUUACUUACUAGCUACAAGCCAGUUUCAAGAUAUCUUUUCUUCUUUUUCCUGUAAUCGAUCAAAUAAGUAGUUGAUACAAGGGAAUGAUAUAUUCAGUCUAAUUCUCUGGAGGGCUUCAAGCCUUAGAGUGUAUAACUGACAGCCUAUAACUCUUCAUUUUCUCUAAACCAUGGGACUUGUGUCCCUGAAUAACCAAUAAGCCCAGUUUCCCAACCGCAUCAGCCCCUUCACUUAAAUGAAAAUCUUCUUUAAAGGUGUGUGUUCUUAUUUGAUGGCUCCUAUAGCAGAAAUUAGUUUCAGGAUUAGAUUAAAAACUUUCCACCCUUGUGGGGAUAAUAAUGCUGAGGUAAAUUCAGUCUUUUCACUUACAUAGGGUUUUCUCUUCCUUCCUCACCUAUUUUUGCUGUCACAUAUUUUUCUCCAACUUUAAUCAUAACUCUACUAAAAUGUCUAACUAAUCCUACUUUAUUUGAUCUUACCCUUUUUAAGAAUAUCCUAAAAAUCUUUCAUUUCAUUAUAUUGAAAAAGAAAAUGCUGCCUUAUUUAAAAAUUUUUUUCCUUUAGUUUAUAGACAUCAUUAAGCUUAAACACUCUGGCUCUUAUUCUCAUCAGUGUUGUAAAGCUGAUCUCUCCAGGACAAACUCAAUGCCUAUUUCUCAGGCCUUUUCCUAUUUGACUAUUGCAGAAUUGGCAUAUCUAGCCACCCCUUUGCCUUAAAAUUUGAACUUCUAGGAUCCAUGAUUAGGUGCUGAUCCUUAUUCUACCUCUCAGCACUCUUCUGGUUAACAAUGAUCAGUGUUGUGACUUUGGGCUACAAGUGGAUCAGAAUAAUCUCAUUUUAUCAGGUUAUAAUUAUUGAGGUUAUUCAAUUAGAUUGUAAAACUUAAGGACAAAAAUCUUUUUUAGAUCUUUAUAAAAUACCCCAAGAUGCUGAGUAGUCACUAAAUGUCCUGUAAUUCUUGCUUACUGAUAUCUCUAGCUGAUUUAAUCACUCUGCUAGACUUUAUAUGAAAUGGCUUAAUUAUUGAUUUCUUUGUUCUCUGUUCUUACUGCCUCAGACAAGUCCUCACUAGAUUUGACCUGAAUGAUUGCUGCUGCCUUUGUCUUCCUGUCUGCCUAACUGCUUGAUUAAACACCCACUUUGUUUAAAUUAUCCCCAGGAAAUACCUCAAACUGUGUUCAGUGUCUUUUACAGCUGGAUUUGCAGUUGACCCUUGAAAAAAUGGGUAGGGAUAUUGACCCCCAUACAAUUGAAAAUACAUGUAUAGGGUCUCCCUGGUGGUGCAAGCGGUUAAAUGUCAACACUAUGAAGCUAUUAGCAGCCAG